UGAACUGCCGAAAGCAGCAAGCCGUUGAAGCGGAAACUGGACAGGACUGUCAAUGCUGCAAGAUACUGGGGACGACGAAGCCGAGAAGUGGCGCUGCACGGGGAAGAAACAGUGAGGUACCCUAGCUGUCGUCAAUACACAAGAGUCCCAAGACGCGAUCUUUGUCUCUCUCUCGCCCUCCGUCUCUAGGGUUCAUGAAUUAUUCUCUGGCGAUGGAGGAAAAAGGCGGCCUUUCGAAACCAUUGGCACUGAUAGCUUGCAUGGCUAUGGCCCUUCUAUACGUUGCCAUUCUCUACGCCCCCGCGCUGGUCCUUCGUCUGCCUCCCCCUUCUUCUCUCAACAGUUACAUGAUCCGACGCUUCAUCUGCGCCAUCAUAUCUUCGAUCCUGUCGCUUGUUGUCUCGGCACUAAUCCUUCCUGUACGAACCGGGGCAGCAGGAUAUGUAUUUACUGUUUAUGGCAUGAGAGUGGAUCAUAUUUGGCAAGCAGUGACCAUCCCUCUUUUUCUGACCUCUUUAAUGUAUGCUGGAUCAAUAUUCGUCAAGUAUCUUUUAUUGGUUGAUUCUUGGAGGCAAUACAGAAGUUCUGGUGGAAGUCUCUCAUUUAAUUUGUGCAAAAAUGCCCUUCUGAGGUUUCCUGGCUUUUUUUCUGCCAUUUUAUCCAAUGUCCUAGCUUGGCGAACUUGUAUUGUGGCGCCCAUUACUGAGGAGUUGGUAUUUAGAGCAUGUAUGAUACCUUUACUUCUCUGUGGAGGCUCAAAAUAUAGUGUUAUACUUCUUUGCCCUAUAUUCUUCAGCUUGGCACAUUUAAAUCAUUUCAUGGAGAUUUACAGUAAGCAAAACUACAACAUAAUCAGGGCUUCCCAAGUUAUAGGUCUCCAGCUUGGCUACACUGUCAUCUUUGGGUCAUAUGCUUCAUUUCUUUUCAUUCGAACUGGACAUAUUAUUCCUCCAAUAGUUGCUCACAUGUAUUGUAAUUUCAUGGGAUUGCCUGUACUAUUUUCACCAAGAAGUGGGUUAAUUAGUGUAGCAGCAGUAAUGGGAUUGGUGGCCUUCUUUUAUCUUCUUUUCCCGGCGACCAGCCCAGAUUUGUAUAAUGAUAGAUAGAUAAUUGCAGUUGUUGGCAUGGAUAUUGCUCUUGGGGGCAGGAAUUAGCAAAGUCCGAACUGUAAGAGAAUUUAAAAAGGGAAACUCACGGAGGAA